UAAAUUUCCUAAACCCUAUUAUGUUAUCUCUAGAUGCGACUAUGUUAGACAGAGAAACAAAUAUCUGACAGAAACAAAAAGCAACAAAACUAACCUUAAAAUGUCACGUGUAGCUAGAAUAUAGCUUUUUCAGCAUGUUUUUUUUAUUACUGAUUGAGAAACGUUAAAUAAUUUUCACAACCUAAUAGAAUAUCAGCAUCAGUAUUACAUUAGUAGUAUAAAUAAAUUCCUAUUUCAACGAAAUGGCUUCUCAAGAAACAGAUUCGAAUGUUUGGAAGAAUAGGAGACUGAAUAGAGGAAAAGCCCAAACUGGCUUAACACACGAAUGUGGAGUUUUUGGAGCGAUCGGCAAUAAAGGCUGGCCUAUCAACUCUGAAAUAGCUCAAAUUGUCUGCAUUGGAUUAGAAGCCUUACAACAUCGUGGUCAAGAAUCUACUGGCAUCGUCACCAGCGAUGGCAGCAACGAUUAUCACAUCCACAAAGGCAUGGGCCUCGUCAAACACGUCUUCAAUAACGACAACAUUAGCAAGCUAAGAGGAUACCUCGGAAUCGGCCAUACGAGGUACUCGACUAGCGCCAGAUCCGAACAAGUCAACUGCCAACCGUUCGUGGUCCAUUCCAUGCACGGGGCUCUAGCCGUCGCACAUAACGGAGAACUUGUUAAUGCAUCAACUCUUCGAAAACAAGUUUUAGAUAGAGGCGUGGGUCUGUCGACACACUCCGACAGUGAACUGAUCACCCAAGCGUUGUGCCUUAUCCCGCCGGAAGGUGAAGUUAACGGUCCCGAUUGGCCGGCUAGAAUCCGCCACUUGAUGCAGCUGACGCCUCUGAGUUAUUCUCUGUGCGUCAUGCUUAAAGAUCGUAUUUAUGCCGUCAGAGAUACCUACGGUAACCGGCCCUUGUGCUUGGGAAAGAUCGUGGCUUCGUCACCGGAACACAUGAACGGUUAUUCCGACGAAGAAUAUGAGCCUGAAGGUUGGGUGGUGUCCUCGGAAUCGUGCGCUUUUGUAACGGCCACGAGGUAUGUCAGGGAAAUCAUGCCGGGCGAAAUCUUGGAAAUGACACGGAACGGGGUACGAACGGUUGACAUCGUCCCGCCUCCGGAAGGUAAAGCUCUAGCGUUUUGCAUCUUUGAGUAUGUUUAUUUCGCCAGACCCAACAGUGUCUUUGAGGGGCAGGAGGUGUACACUGUUAGGGUGCAUUGUGGUAGGCAACUGGCGUUGGAGCACCCCGUAGAGGCCGAUAUAGUUGGUUCCGUGCCCGAGUCUGGCAAUGCCGCUGCAUACGGGUAUUCUAAAGAGUCUCAGAUUCCAUUGGGAGAACUUCUUACUAAGAAUACUUAUGUGGGGCGUACUUUUAUUCAACCCAGUAAUAGGCUGAGGCAGUUGAACGUAGCACUAAAAUUUAGCCCUGUCGUGACGAAUGUGAGGGGAAAAAAGAUCAUUCUAAUCGACGAUUCCAUAGUCAGAGGCAACACGGUUGGCCCAAUCAUACGACUGCUUCGCAGGGCUGGGGCGAAGGAAGUUCACAUAAGGGUGGCUAGCCCUCCGUUGAAAUACCCCUGUUAUAUGGGCAUCAACAUUCCGACUAGAGAAGAACUCAUCGCUAAUAAGCUCAAAGACACCAACGAGCUGGCCAAGAAAGUCGGGGCGGAUAGUUUGGAGUACUUAAGCGUACAGGGUUUGGUCAGGGCAGUGAAGAAAGAGAUUCAGUCGGGAAAUAAGGAAGACGGGCAUUGUACGGCUUGUUUGACGGGUGAGUAUCCAGGCGGCAUCCCGGACGAGUUGGAUUGGUGAUGCAUUUGAGUUGAAUCUGUUUCGGAACGGUGAUGGAUGAAAUCUAAGUAUUAUUUUAAUUUUGGUUAUAGUUAUAAGGAAGUUUUAAAACAAUCUGAAAAAUAUCAACAAGUAAGAUAAAAAAGGAUCUCUCUACUUUAAGACACAUUUAAAGUUUAAUUUCUUUUCAUUUCAUUACAUGAAAGCAAUUUUUUAACUUGGAUAUUUUCUCAAUGAGCUCACAAAGAUAUUUCCUUAGUUUUUUAAGUUGUAUUUUUUAUAACAUGUUAUUUUACAUAUUUUAAGUAUUUUGCAAGUAUUUUUCUUCUACCUAACAAGGUAUUUUAAAGUAUUA